CACUAGGUAGGUACUACAUAUAUAUAUUACAUUCAAGGUUGUUAUACAUGCAUUUUACCCUCAAUGUAAAAUUUCUACGAGAUAAAAAAAAAAUAAAACAGAUUAUUUCAAAAUUAUUAAAAAUUGUCUUAAAGCAACUACAUGUUGUAGAAACAAAUUUUGAUCUUAAAGAAUCACUACACCCUGCACAUAAUAAUUAGAGCCCUUAGUAACAACCACUGAUUUUGUGUUCACGGGACGGAGGGGGUUUGAGAAAAGGCGGGUUGACAGUGUUGUAGGGUGGGAAAUUUUCCCUGGUCGAGGGAUUUAAGCUUCCCUCCACGGAAGAAGCGUGAGGAAUAGAUCUUAAUAUUCUAUAAUUAGAAUUAGGCAGCUUGAUUCAUGGAAGAAUACCGUAUUAAUUGAUAUUAAGGUGGGUUCGACUGAGACCCGCUAGUCCCCCUUAGCUCGUUCAAAUCUACAUUUACAGGUCACUCAAACAUAUUUAUAUCUCUGCUGAUAGCAAAUUCCGGUGCUUGACACAGCUAGUGGUUAAAUGUAUUUUCUUGUACUCUGUUAUUAAACACUGUAAUUUCUUUCUCGGCAUGGAGCGUCCUUCAACCAAGCACUUGAUAAAAGCAUUUGAGAGCGGCGGAGCCCAAGGGAAAAAGCUUCACGUGCUGAUCGUGUACGCGCACCAAGAACCCAAAUCCUUCAACGGGGCUUUGAAAGAUGUCGCCGUGGAGGUCCUACGUGAAUUAGGACACACUGUGGAGAUAUCGGACUUGUACGCCCAGAACUUCAACCCUCUCUGUACAAGAAACGACAUCAAAGGGGAACUACUAAAUCCCAACCACUUCAAGUACUGCCAAGAGACGCAAAAUGCUUAUAAAAAUGGAACUCUCUCUGAAGACAUCGUUUCUGAACAAGAAAAGCUUAAUAGAGCUGAUUUGGUCAUAUUCCAGUUCCCAAUAUAUUGGAUGUCCUUCCCGGCUAUCCUGAAAGGCUGGUUUGACCGAGUGUUUACCUUGGGAUAUGCAUUUACAUAUGAAGCAAUGUGUGAUGAAGGUCUUCUUAAAGGAAAGAGAGCAAUGCUUUCCUUCACAACAGGCGGGAGAGAGACGGCGUUCACGACGACAGGGAUAAUGGGGGACAUGGAGGUUAUGUUGUGGCCAAUACAGUUUGGGGUGCUACAUUUUUGCGGUUUGGAAGUACUGGCCCCCAACAUAGUUUCUCCUGAUUACCUCGACCAAUCACAGCGAGAGGCUCUACUUCAAGAAUGGGCCACUAGGUUACGCCACAUAAACCAAGAAAAGCCAUUGGAUUUCCUCCACCUUGACUGUUUCAGCGCCUCCAAGGGGUUUCAGCUGAGUGACGAGUUCUUGCAGAGCAAACGCGCGACAGGGGACGUAGCACCCACGGUAGGGCAACAUAUGGGGAAGAGGUUUGCAGUUGGAAGUAUGAUUCCACAGAGACUUAAUACGAAGGACUAAAAGAAUUUAACCUUUUCUUUGAGAAAGCCCAUAUUACAACGAUCCUUCCAAUCUGUUUUGUUAAUUUUACACACCAGAGACACGGUUCACAAAUUAUCUAGGAUUAAGUAAAAGGUAUCAUCUGCUGGACAGAAAAACAACAAGCACAAAUAGUGUUCAAAUAUAGAUUCAUCAUUGUCAAAAGAAUUAUCUCUCAGAGUCAACUUUUCUGUCCGUCCAGGCAUAGCAAAUAAACUUUGGACCUUGUGAAAAGGGCCACAAGUGUACUGACACUGUCGAGGUCCAGGCUCACGAAUUUGACCAAAAUAUUUAAGAUAUUAAGUCGACUGUCACAUAAUAGACACUGUUUAAUGAUGAGAAUUAAAGUAAACAAAUAUGACCUGGAGUAAACUUGUUUUCCACCCCAACAUAAGGAUAUAGGUAUGCGAUACAUACCGAGAGAAAGUAGGGCCUACUCGCAUUUAACUAAAAAAACACACCCAAAACCGAAUAUUUAGCGUAUAUUGCCAAGGUCACAUAACAUAGUAAAGUAAAUCUUUUGUAUGACAGCUUGAGGUUAAAGCAGGACAGAUACAGCGAGACUUUAAGUGUUUAAAUACCUCAUAUGGAGACAACACAUUCAGUGCUUCAGAAACGAUUCACCUUUUGUCAAAUGACAGAUGAUAGGCCUACAUUGAAAUUUUCUAAAUGACUGGGGCUUAUCGUGAUAGCCAGUUCUUUAGGAUUAUCUAGGUGUUACUGGUUGCGAGUUAUUUACAUAUUUAUAUUAAAUAAAGGGUUGUUCACCACCUGUAAUUUUCCUCAAUGUGAAAUUUCUACAUGAUAAAAUAUAGAACAGAUUAUUUUGAAGUGAUUCAAUAUGAAUUUUGAAGAUCCACUGCGCUAUGGACAAAAUUGGAGCCAUUAUCAACAACCACUGAUCUUCAAUCCCCCCCCCCC